AUGAUUAAUGACAAUAUUCAUAAUAAUGUUCAAUUUACUCCUUCUGCUUCUUCAAGCGGUGUGGGAGAAGAAUCUUCUGCUGGCUUGAAGAGUAUCACUUUUAAAUAUAUUAAACAAGAGAUGGAUGCUGUUCAUUCAAAUUUUGAUGAACAGUUUAAAAAUAUAUCUCAAUUUGUUAAUUUACAAGUUGCUACAGCAGAAGGAUCAGGAAGACAAGAAGGUCAAGAAAUUGAAAAAGCUAAUAACUAUGAAAAGAACAAUGUAGAUAGAAAAUCAUCAUCAUCAUCAUCACUUGAUAUUAUGUCAACUCAAAAUAAUGAAGAAUUAAAUGAUGAUGAAUUAGACAAAUUUAUUGAUAUUCCUAAUUUAAUAUCAGAUAGUGAAUCAGAUGAAAUUAAAACUGUUUCUACUAAUUAUGAUAUUAGUUAUUGGAAUGAACAAAGAUCUUUACAACCAACCCCAGCAACAAUUCAAACAUCAUCAGUUGCAUCUCCAACUUCAAUUUCAUCUCCAACUCAACAACAUCAACAAUCACAACAGCCACAAGCAAUUAGAAGUGUAGUACCUCCAAGUACGAACGAAAUACAAAUUAAGAAAGAAAUCAAUGAAAGUUUAAAUUAUUCAUUAAAUAAUUUAAAAACUCAACAAAUAACUCAACAACAAUUUAAAUAUCAACGUAAUCAAUUAAUGAUUAUAAUAGUUAAAUAUGUUGCAACAAAAAUUUAUAAUACUUUCCCACCAAAUCCAACUAAAAAUUCAAAUGAAUUACCAUUAGAUAAAUUUUUAUUAUUAUUAACAAGUAGAUUAAAAAUUUCAUUAAAUUUAUUUUUAAAAUCUAUAAUUUAUUUAUUUAGAUAUAUGGAUAUUAUAUAUUUAUUAAGAUAUUUAAAUCAAACAAAUAAUUUUGUAAAUUAUAAUGAUAUGGGAUUUGAAUUAAAAAAAUUAAUUAUUGGAUGUUUUAAAUUAACUAUUUUAAAAGAAAAUAAGAUUUUAAAACAAACCCAAGCUCAAAAAUCAAAAAAUUUAAAACAAUAUAAAAUUUUUAAUGGUAAUGAAGGAAUUUAUAAGAAUUUAAAUUGGGAAAAAAUUACUGGAUUAAAAAAUCAAGAAAUUAAUAAAAUUGUUAAUGAAUUAGUUGCAAGAAUGAAUGGGAAAUUAAAUAUUAAAGAUGUUGAAGUUGCUAGAAUUAAAAAUGAAUUAUAUAGAUUUGUUAAACAAUGA